UCCCUUGGAGGUCAUUAGUAUCAAUUGAAAGUUCGGAAAAUCCAAAACAAGAGAAAGAAUAACAGACGAGAGAAAAUAAAUCAAAAUCGCCAAAAAUGAGGAAAUUCGAUCCAUGGCCGGUGUUCUUCAGGAGAGAAUUUAAACGAAACUGGCCAUUCCUUGUCGGAUUCGCCGUUACUGGAACCAUAAUCACCAAGUUCUCCCUCGGAUUAACCGAGGAGGACGCGAAGAAUUCUCCCUUCGUGCAGAGGCACGGGAAAGGCUCAGGAAGUAAGUGUUACUCUGCUGCAAACCCUAGAAGCAAUAUGGUAAAUUGUUUUUAUUGAUUGAUUUUAAUCUUU